GAGUUAUCGAAAUGAACCGGAUCGUUUAAGCAGCUCGCUCAAGAGCGGAUCUCUUAUCUGUAGUUUCUUGUGCGUCACCAACCUCAAACUCUUUCGUUUAGCGAUUUUUCUGCUGUGUUUUCUCAAAAUGUAUAUCUAGCAGUUAAUGAAGUGCGUUAAUUUUAUAUACUGACAAGCUUAAUAAAGAAUUUUCGAUAGACUUUCUGGUCUUGGUGCACUUUUAUGUAGGCCUACUGGUCAUCAACAAUUUGUUUUCAUCAAUAAUUGUAGUUAGUAAUUUACUACUCUUUCAAUUUAAUGAGUACUUUAGUGGAAAUCUGGUAGAGAUUUUGAAGUAACAACAAAAGUGGUAUCUUCGCCAACGUGCCAAGUGCAGGUCAAGUAUUGACAAUAGAGAGCAUUACUGCCGCAGUUUGCUGACGUCGUCACGUGGAAGCGGGGCGAAUGAGGUGGAAUGAGCGCUCGGAAAGUUCCACGCCCACCUGGAGUGAAGAGGAAAGCUGAAAGACCUAAGACGAGUACAUCAAUUCCUGAGGAGAAGAAAGAGCCAGAAGAUAUUUUACUUUCAGACAACAAUGAUGAAGAGCAACGAUCAAAGAUAUGGAUUGGAGGGUAUUGCCACAUACGAAUUGGAGAUAUUCUUAAUGAUCGGUAUAUCGUAAUACGGAAACUUGGAUGGGGUCAUUUUUCUACUGUGUGGUUGUGUUACGAUAAAAAAGACAAACGAUAUGUGGCAAUGAAAGUUGUGAAAAGUGCAUCUCAUUAUAGAUAUGCUGCUCAAGAUGAAGUCAAGAUGCUUCAGAAUGUAUAUGGCUCAAGCAGCAGCAAUCAACAUCACCGAAUCAUUCAACUUUUAGAUAGUUUUGAAGUUCCUGGAGAUCAUGGGAGUCAUGUUCUUGAAGGUUUGGACUAUCUUCACACAAAGUGCAAUAUUGUACACACAGAUAUCAAACCAGAAAAUAUUUUAUUGUGUGUUGGAGAUGACUAUCCAAGAAAACUGGCUUUAGAAGCUACAGAAUGUUUGGAGCAUCAACACCUCUUGCAAGAGAGAGAGAACAAUUAAUCCAUUAUUUUACAAAGAAAGCCAAUCGCAAAACCAUAGCUACCUUUUAAGGAAGAGACCGAAAUUAAUGGAUAGCAGCGAAAUGCCUGAAAUUUGUGGGGAGUUUUGCAAUGAGAAGAGAAACUAUUCAGAAAAUGUGCCUGUGGAUGCUGCUUCUAUCCCGAAAGAGGAGCAGAUCCCUGAUCCUAGAAAUGAAUUUUAUGACGUAAAAGUGAGAAUUGGGGACCUUGGGAAUGCUUGCUACUUGAAUGACACACUGCCUGAAGAUGCUCAGACACGGGAGUACCGCUCCCUUGAAGUGUUGCUGGGGGCUCGAUAUGGAACUCCAGCAGAUAUAUGGAGUGUGGCUUGCUUGGCAUUUGAACUUGCGACUGGGGAUUUUUUGUUCAAACCUCAGAAAGGUGAUGGGUACUCAAAGGAUGAGGACCAUGUUGCUCAUAUCAUGGAGCUUUUAGGAAACAUUCCUGAACAUAUAAAAUUUUCAGGCCGGUAUUCAAAGGAUUUCUUUACGAAUGAUGGCCAUCUUCGUAACAUUAAAAUAAUAAAACCUUGCAGACUUGAAGAGGUUUUGAAGACGCAAUUCAAGUGGAGAUCAGAAGAUGCAAAAGAUUUCACUGAUUUCCUUAGACCAAUGUUGGAAUUUGAUCCACAAAAACGAGCUACUGCAGCUCAGUGCCUACAACACUCAUGGCUUAGAUCUUGAAUGCUAUUAUGAAGUUUUCAAAAAAUAAAAAUUUCUGUUACUACUCUGUUUGUAAUAUUUU